CUCAUACAUCUACCAGAGAGUUUGCAUCUACUUAUACACAUAAUGUGUAUUAAUUUAAAUUGAUUUCCAAUUCACUUGUUACAAUUACUACUACUUUGUAACUUACAAAUUUGGAUACACGUGUGUAUAUACGUAGAAUUGAGAACAGAGUAUUCGCUUAAAGCAAUUGUUUUUCACAAACAUUAUUAGAAUUUGUUUUCAUCCAUGUAUGUGUAGAUGUAUAUAGUUAUCAAAAAAUUAUGUAACGAAAAGUAUACAUAAUUCAUCAUCACAAAAUUAUAUUAAAACAAUCACAGUUCGAUAUAAUGUAUUGUCAAAAGAUAAUCAUGAAUACAUUCAAAUAUUUUCAAGUAGUUACAAGGUCUAACUAUGAUAUUGUAAAUUUCUGUCUAUUGAAUAAAAAAAGAAGUACAUUUAUGAUAUAUUUGCAACAAAUUAAUAAGAUGAAAAAAUAUUAUAGUAUUAAACAAAGGAAAAAUUCGCCACAAACUAAACAUUUUAUUCUAUCAGGUAGCUUUUUAUAUAAUUUAUUUUUUCCUAAAGAAGAAAAAGAUGAUAUUGAGGAAUUAACAAUGACAAUUAAACGAUCAAUUUUAUUAAUUCAGAAAGAAGAAUUUCUAAAAGCAGAGCAAAUGCUACAUAUUGCUUUGCGCCAAGCACAAACUUUGCAACAUUAUGAUGGUAUAACUUAUGUGUAUGAUGUAAUGGCAAAUCUAGCAUAUGAUACAAAUGACUAUAAAAAAGCAGAAAAGCUAUUUAAAUCAGUUUUACAGAGACUAAUAGCUAAGGGAGUUCCACAGGAUGAUUUAGCAAUUAUUCAUAUUAGUCUUAAGAUUGCUGAUACAUAUGAUAAAAUAGGAGAUAAACAAAAAGCAGACAAUGGUUACAAAUUUUGUUUACAACAUUUACAAAAUCAUUUAGCCAAAGACGGUGAAAAUCUAGAUGUAUUACAAUUGUUAGGCUUAAAUUUAGAAAAAUAUGCAUCUAUGCUUUUCUCACAAUCGCAGUAUAACAAUGCUCUCGAAUACUUUACUAAAGCUUAUGAUAUAUCCAUAAAAAUAAAUGGUGAAGAAAAUGAACAAACUGUUAUUCUAUUAAAUAACUUAGCAAGUGUCUGUUAUAUACUACAAAAAUAUGAUGAAACUAUUAAAUAUUUAUCUAAAGCUGCAGAAAUAGGAAACAAGUUACCAGAUAUGGUUGAAUUAGGUUUCAUUCAUGUCAACUUGGGACAUGCAUUUAUUUCAAAAGGACUUUAUGAAGAAGCAAAAAAAAAUUGUAGUAAGGGAGAAAAUUUAGCGAAAGCUAGAAAUGACAAUGAAACUGUAGUGGAAGCUAAAAAAUGUCUUGAACAAAUAGAAAGUUUAAUAUUGUAAUAUACAUGUAAAUAUUAAAUUGUAGUACUUUAACUUGUUUAACUUAUAGGUAUAUUGAAAUUGAAAAUGUAUACAGUGAAAAAUUAUUAAACAUAUUAUACAUA